GGGGGCGGGGUCGCGUCUGUUGCUGCAACAGGGUGCGGCCGGGUGGGGGGCGCAAGUGCAGCUGCCACUAAGUCGGGCGUCGAGCAGUCCCCACCCCGUUCUGGGGUUCUGCGGGUCUCCGCACUUCCCCAGACCCCAGUGGGGUUCCUCCCGGCGUUCCGGAAGCCGCAUCUUCAACCAUGUUUUUCACUUGUGGCCCGAAUGAGGCCAUGGUGGUCUCCGGGUUCUGCAGGAGCCCACCAGUCAUGGUGGCCGGAGGCCGAGUGUUUGUUCUACCCUGCAUUCAACAAAUCCAGAGGAUCUCCCUCAACACAUUGACCCUCAAUGUCAAGAGUGAGAAGGUUUAUACCCGCCACGGGGUCCCCAUCUCAGUCACAGGCAUUGCCCAGGUGAAAAUCCAGGGCCAGAACAAGGAGAUGCUGGCAGCCGCCUGCCAGAUGUUCCUGGGGAAGACGGAGGCAGAGAUCGCCCACAUUGCCCUGGAGACACUGGAGGGCCACCAGAGGGCAAUCAUGGCCCACAUGACUGUGGAGGAGAUCUAUAAGGAUAGACAGAAAUUCUCAGAGCAGGUUUUCAAAGUGGCCUCCUCCGACCUGGUCAACAUGGGUAUCAGCGUGGUUAGCUACACUUUAAAGGACAUUCAUGAUGACCAGGAUUACUUACACUCUUUGGGGAAAGCUCGUACCGCACAAGUCCAAAAGGAUGCUCGGAUUGGGGAAGCAGAAGCCAAGAGAGAUGCCGGGAUACGGGAGGCUAAGGCCAAGCAGGAGAAGGUAUCUGCGCAGUGCCUCAGUGAAAUAGAGAUGGCCAAGGCACAGAGGGACUAUGAGCUGAAGAAAGCCACCUACGACAUCGAGGUCAACACCCGGCGAGCGCAGGCUGACCUGGCCUAUCAGCUGCAGGUGGCCAAGACGAAGCAGCAGAUCGAGGAGCAGCGGGUGCAGGUGCAGGUGGUAGAGCGCGCCCAGCAGGUGGCAGUGCAGGAGCAGGAGAUCGCCCGGCGCGAGAAGGAGCUGGAGGCCCGCGUGCGCAAGCCGGCAGAGGCUGAGCGCUACAGGCUGGAGCGCCUGGCUGAAGCAGAGAAGGCCCAGCUGAUCAUGCAGGCAGAAGCCGAAGCUGAGUCCGUGCGGAUGCGAGGGGAAGCCGAGGCCUUUGCCAUAGGGGCCCGGGCUCGUGCUGAGGCCGAGCAAAUGGCCAAGAAGGCAGAAGCCUUCCAGAUGUACCAGGAGGCCGCCCAGCUGGACAUGCUGCUGGAGAAACUGCCCCAGGUGGCAGAAGAGAUCAGUGGUCCCCUGACCUCAGCCAAUAAGAUCACGCUGGUGUCUAGCGGAAGCGGAGCCAUGGGGGCAGCCAAAGUUACUGGGGAAGUACUGGACAUCUUAAGCCGCCUGCCAGAGAGUGUGGAGAGACUCACCGGCGUCAGCAUCUCCCAGGUGAAUCACAACAAGCCUUUAAGGACAGCGUGAGCCUUCAGGCAUCAAUGGUACCUGGACAUGUGGCCCAAGUGGUCUCACUGCAUGCGCCUCCCCUGGCCUCCAAAAGGGGCGCGUCUCUCCUUGCCAAAUAGUCUGUGCCUUGCCUCGCCUGGAGGGUUUGCACCCCCUCCUCAGCCCACUGCCAGUGCCCUUCACCAAGACUUCCUGUUAUCUUACUUCAGCCCAUCCCAACUAUUUAACUUCCUGAUUAAACUAGACUGUUUGAGCCUG